UUAAAUUCGUAUCUAUUUUGUUGUUUCCGCUUCGUUUUAUUUUUUGUGAAAUAUUUGAUAAUGCUUUUAAUUCGAGUAACUUGACGCUUACACGUAGAUAGUAGAGAAAACACUUUUCGAGUUUAAUUCUGCGAAUCGAUCGACCAAUCGAUGCUUUGAUCAAUAGAUUCACGAUACGCGAUGGUUUGUUAUUCUACGUUCAAUUCGCGAGCUGUAUUCGGGCUGCACGUGGUUUCAAUCGGAUACAGGCGUCAUUUUCAUCAGUGUGCUCGGCCAUGGUAUAGCGUCAUCCUCGAGAGGUUCACCUCGCUCUGCGAACCAUGAAUAGGAACGCGUAGGAGCGUGUGUUUUGUCGGUGUAAACACUAUCUGAACGGAGGCAGGAUAUCUCGUAGUCGCGAGCAUUAACGUUCCCCCUUAUCUCUGCGGAAUCGAAUUGAACAUUCGAAUCUAUUCCUCGAUUUUGAGAAUUCGUGAGAAGAUCGAAAGGAGAAUAAGAGAAAGAAAACGGAGAGAAAAAAGAAAGACAGAAGAUCGUAAUCGCUCGCUCUCUUACUUGUACGUUCACACAGUCAAAUGUAAGCUUGAGGACGAAUUCGUCGUUGGGCUCGUCAAUGACUGUUCAAAUAGACAAACCGUCGGAUUUGAUUGAAAGCUCGACUUAACGAUCCAAGGAGUCCUCGUUACGGUCGCGAUGUAACCGAAUGUCUGCUUUGCCUAAGUUAACAUCGAGAAAUCAGGUCAGAUCGCGAAUCUUAUUGAUCGCCCACUAGAAAAUCUUAUUCCAAAGGAUUAUUUCGUGUAAUUGUCGGAUUCGAUCGAAUCGAAAGUUUACCUAUGGCUCGAUUUUACUCGACGAAAAUGGAAAAGACAAAAUUCUGAAGAAGUUUGAUGACAUUGUCGAUAGAAGAGAUAAUAUAUAAUAUGGAACAUUGACCGAUAUUUGUAAUUGUGCUAGAGAAGGAUAUCGUAAUGACGACGAUGUAACUAACAAGAGAGAGAAAGAGAGAGAGAGAGAGAGAGAGAGAGAGAGAGAGAGAGAGAGAAAGAGAGAGAGGAAGCGAAGGGAGAUGGUCGAUGUUAGGCUGAUGGUACGACGAGUUGUCAAGGCCUGGGAAGGGACUCGAAAGGGAGUUUGAUGGGGCUCGGAAGGGAGGAAACUCUCAUGCCUAGUCUCUAUGGUUCGCGACGGAGGGUGGACAGCAUUUACAUCAUUUAAUUUAUGACCCUCUCUCUGCCGCGACCAGUGAGAUUCGUACGAUCGUGCACGUACACACGUACGAGUACACCUGCGAUAUCGUUGCCUACCGUUGGUGGAUAUAGGCACAUAGUUGCGCAACCACGUAACACGUACACUAAUGCGUCUCCGAAUAAAUUUGCAUAUGCAUGUAACCGUACGAGGAUGCUAGAUGUGCGGCUAGGUGGGGGAUGAAAAAGGAUGAGAAGGAUGGAGUGAGCGAAAACGGAAGGAGGGUAGUUCAACACGAUGUUGAAAGUUACGAGAGAAGAAGAGCAACGAACAACGAGAGUUCUUCCGGACUCACGAAUUUUGAAGGUUAGCAAAAUGUCAAGAUACUUUGAGGGAGAAAUAACUGCGUCGGACUUCCCUUCGUUUCACCAACGUUACGACGUUGUCUUGACCGCACGUCGUUGGUAUGACAUGGCCGACGACUUGGAAGGAACUCUCUAGGAUUAACCUGCGAGGAAACUCGAAGGAAACGAUCUGUCUUAACCAUAACCUGUUACGUGUAAACGGGAUAUUUGGCGUCAGGAUUACCGGAACUCAAAGUUUGAUUGGCUGGGCUGAAGGUAUCAAGUUUUGCUGUAGCACGCGAAACUUUGUCUACUUUGCGAGAGCGUGCAAAGUACGCGUUUCGUUCGUAUUACGGAUGUCAAAAGGCAACAGAAGCUUCGGUUGGCGAUGGCUCGCGUAGUGAAGCCACAACUACCGCCGUCCAAGCCGCCCUUGACCUCUUCAUGGCGACCUUGAGUGACAGCGUGCUAGUGGAUACAGAUCCAACUCGAGUUAGCAACAUGACGGCCAUUAACUCGGGUCCGGUCGGGGAGGUGGGCGGCGUUAGGCUGCCACUGCAAUCCUUACAUGGAUACGGUUCCGUGUUCAUGUACUCGGCGUUAACGAGUCCAGGCGGUGGUAGCGGCCAGGCUGGGGGAGGUGGAGGCGAAGUCACCCUCCGCCUCCGCGAACCGGAGGACAUACCAGAGGAAGUGCUCGCUCGUCUCGAGGAUACCGCCACCCUCUCCAUCUCCCUUCAAGGCGACGCAGUCCUGAGGCUAGGGGCGGCUGCCGCAGGAAAUAGCAGUUUGGAACUGUUUGAUAGCGAAAGCGGGCCGGACCUCACGUUAUCGCCGCAAACCUUUACAUCGACGGCGGAAGCUUUCAUCAACGAUAACAGCGAUAGCCUCGGUGUUCCGGGAGACAACGAUACGGGUAGCAGCGAGGAGUCGAAAGCGGGCGCUGGUGAUCCGGGAAAGCGAGGAGU